GGACGGAGAGUGGGGCGGUUUGAAUCAGCAGUAAGGCGUGGACAUGAGCGACUUUACAGAUGAAAGGCGUUUUCCCGAAGGGUUCAUUUUCGGUGUAGCUUCAUCUUCCUACCAAGUCGAAGGCGCUUGGUGCGAAGACGGAAAAGGCGAAAGCAUCUGGGACAGAAUUGUUCACACAAAUCCAGGAUAUAUCAAUGAUACUACAAAUGCCGAUGUUGCUUGUGAUAUGUACCACUUGUACAAGACGGAUGUUAAGCUAAUUAAAGAGAUAGGGUUUGAUUUUUACAGGUUUUCUAUAAGUUGGCCGCGAAUUCUACCCACAGGGGAAGGCAAACCAAACCCAAAAGGCAUCAGAUUCUACAAUGGCCUGAUUGACGAGCUUUUAACAAACGGCAUCCAACCUAUGGUAACGAUGUACCAUUGGGACUUGCCUCAGGCGUUAGAGGAAAAGGGCGGCUGGCUUUGCCCAGAAAUAGCAGACCAUUUCGAAGCGUAUGCAAAAAUACUUUUCGAGAAUUUCGGUGAUAGGGUCAAAUGGUGGAUUACCAUUAAUGAGCCAUCGAUGGUAGCGAUGGGUUACGGCGAUGUGUUGUUCGCUCCAGCUUCGAACCUACCCGGUAUCGGCGACUAUAUUGCAGGACACAACGCUUUGAGAGCACAUGCUCAAGCAUACCAUCUCUACAACAAAGAAUUCCGGGCUGCACAAAAAGGAAAAGUUUCCAUUUCGUUGUGUUCAAUGUGCUAUUUUCCUAAAACAUCAUCAAAGGAAGACAAAGAAGCAGCGGAACGAGCGACAGAAUUUGAGCUUGGAUGGUUCGCAAACCCCAUAUUCAGUGAAGAAGGAGACUAUCCAAAAACAAUGAAAAAUUACAUCCAAAAACAUAGUGAGACUGAAGGUUUGAGUGAAUCACGAUUGCCAGCUUUCACCGACAAAGAGAUUAACUUAUUAAAAGGUUCUGCUGAUUAUUUUGCAUUCCAACACUACACAUCAAGGUAUACAACAACUGGACUGGAAGGUGAAUCACCAUCUAUAAAACGGGACAGUGAAGUUGUACUGUCACACGAUGCACAGUGGGAGAUUUCAAAGCUCGGGUGGUUUAAGAACGCACCACAUGGAUUCAGGACAAUUCUAAAUUGGAUCAAAGAGAAAUACAAUAACCCUGAAAUCAUAAUUACUGAAAACGGAUACGGUGACAUGGGAGAAACAGGACUUGAAGAUCAGAAAAGAAUUCAGUAUUUGACUAACUACUUAAAUGCAAUGUUAGAAGCUAUAAAUGAAGAUAAGUGUAACAUUACAGGUUACACUGUUUGGAGCCUUAUGGAUAACUUUGAGUGGACAGAUGGUUACCAGGCUCAAUUUGGUAUAUACAAAGUUGAUUUUAAUGAUGGUAGUCGACCGAGGUCACCAAAAGCUUCUGCUUUUUACAUAAAAAGAAUAAUUGAGGCUAGAAAGUUAUAGACAAGUAUCACAUUCAAUAAAAUGUAAUUAUUAAAACUUGGCUGUUUCAUGUAUUGAGUAAAAAAAAAUUUUAAAUGAUA